GAUGAAAAGUUAGAAACUACGAGAGGAACUAGUCGAGGCAGAGCUGUCAUAUCACAGGCUUCACGGUGCACAGAUAUAGGUGCCAACCUCAAUAGUGAACCAUGGACUUCUGCUUCGCCUUUACCUGAACGUCUCUGCGUUAUGAAACUUGAGAAAAUGGUUACUUCUUUUGCUGCUUUUGUGGUGGUGGUGUGUGUGGUGAGCUGUGGAGUGACGGGCAGCACUGAUAACAGAGACGCCCCUGGCACACUCCCUCAUCACCCCAGACACACCAGUCACAUUAGCAGUGGAAUUCAAGGGCAUGUCAUAAGCAGCCCUAAAGGUAGUCAGUUCAUGAGGAAUGCAGAACUAGGAAGAAAUGUCACAUACAAUGGUGUAUCCAGAGGCUCUAUACACAAUGGGACAGGUGUGGCCUAUGGAGUGGAUACAGGUCACAGGGAGGCAAUCCAUUCCGUUGUGUUGGAAGGAAAGUUUGGAGAACAUAUCACCAAGAAAAUCAAUGAGACCUUUGAGUACUUGAUUGAGUUCACUUAUAACGUAACAGAGUUAGAGUCUCAGGCAGUGCGAGUCACAGUGAGCAGCCUCAGGAGCAGCAACACCUACCCCCUCUUGGUAGUAGUGAGGCAGCAGCGAGGAGUCCUAUCCUGGCAGUUACCUCUUGAGCCUCCCCCAAACACUCGGGUUUUAGAAAAAUACUACACUGUUUCGCAUACCCUGUGUCCUGUAAAGAAUUACAAAGUAACAUAUCAGGGAAACCUUGACAUGACUCAGCGGCUGUUUGUGGAUAUAUCUACAUCUUCACCAACAAAUUUGAACUUCACAGUCACAGCAGAGUUUCUGACCAGGUUUCACAUUGACCUCCAUGCUGACAUGGUGUUUGAUGUCACACCUUCUCAACCAAUGUUCUAUGAAUUCAAAUUCCCUGAGAAUGUUGAUAUGGUACUGGUGAAAGUCAUAGCUGAGGACGACUUUUGUGCCAUGGUUGCUAUUCAGAAUAUCACAUGUCCUGUGUUUGACAGUGAAGAAAAUGUCCAGUAUGGGAACUAUUACCAAACCAUGACCUAUCAAGCAGGUAUCACGGUGAGAAAAGUUGAUUAUCCAGAAGGGCUUUAUGUGGUAGUAGUGGUGCUGUCUACUGAUGAAGCUUGCUCAGGCUCCUUUCAACAUGUGUACCGCACUCGCAAGAAGACCAUAACACUCACAAUUGAAGAGAAGAUUACAAAAGUAGAAUAUCUUGGUGCCAUCUUUGCUGGUCUUGGUUACUGUGCUCUGUUUUAUGCUGUAGCAAUGAUCUUGGGCUGCAUAUCUUGUAUCAGGGAGAAGCGCAAGCAGCCUCGUGCUCGAAGUCUCAUGGAUGAUUCUAUCUUGGCAACGUCAGAUGAGUCAGGUGCCCAUGGAUCAUCAUCUUAUGGAGCUGUUGCAGGGAAUGCAGAGACCAACAAGGAGGAGCAACCACAUUUGCCUCGAAUACCCUCUGACUCUUCACUUGACGAGGAUGACAUUGACAUGCUUACUGAUGCUGAGAGUGAGAAGGAUGUAUUCAGAACUAAGACCUUCUUGUAUGUAAGUGACUUGGCUCGAAAAGACAUGAGGGUUUUGACCAAAAAGUCUCAGUUAUACAUCUGGGGCUUGCUGACAGUUGGGAUAUUCUAUGCUGUUCCUGUCAUCCAACUGGUGAUAACUUAUCAGAAGGUUCUUGAUGAGACAGGGAACCAAGACCUGUGCUUCUAUAAUUUCUGGUGUGCCCAUCCUCUUGGUCCACUGACAGACUUCAACCAUAUUUUCUCCAACAUUAGCUACAUCCUUUUUGGUAUCCUGUUCAUUACCAUGUGUGCACGUAGGAAUCAUCAGCAUAAACUGGCUACAAAAGUUGACUACAAGAUUGACAAGUACUAUGGGAUUCCCCAGCACUUUGGCCUUUUUUAUGCUAUGGGUGGGUCACUUAUCAUGGAGGGCUUUAUGAGCGCCUGCUACCACAUCUGCCCUAAUAAUUCAAACUACCAGUUUGACACUUCAUUCAUGUAUGUGAUAUCUGUACUCUCCAUGUUGAAGAUCUACCAAACUCGCCAUCCAGAUAUCAAUGCAAGUGCCAGUGCCACUUAUGCAGCACUGGCUGCUGCUGUUCUCUUGGGAGUGAUUGGGGUUCUCAGUGGCACUCUUCUAUUUUGGAUCAUAUUUGGUUUCAUUCAUGUCAUUUCCUGCCUUAUGCUGUCAUGCCAGAUAUACUACAUGGGCAGGUGGAAACUUGAUGUUGGAGUCCUCAAACGUUUCAAGACUUGGUUUUUGAGUGAAAUCAGUGACUGUCGCCAAAUCUGCCAACCCAUGUACUGUGACCGCAUGGUGCUGCUGACAUUGGGCAAUGCAGCCAACUGGGGCUUGGCUAUUUAUGGCAUGGUGUCCACUCCCAGGGACUUUGCCUCAUACCUCUUGAUCAUAUUCCUCACAAACCUUUUGCUUUAUAUUGCAUUUUAUAUUAUCAUGAAGCUGAGACAUGGUGAGCGUCUCCUCCUGCAACCAGUUGUUUACAUGGUGCUGUGUGCUGCUGGCUGGGGGACGGCUGUGUAUUUCUACACCCAGCAUACCACCACCUGGGAACUGACUCCAGCACACAGCCGCCAGUAUAACAAGGAGUGUGUUUUGUUACAUUUUUAUGACACACAUGACAUUUGGCACUUCCUUUCUGCUGGAGCUAUGUUCUUUGGAUUCAUGUUACUGCUAACGCUUGAUGAUGAUCUAAGUCACACACCGCGUGAAAAGAUUCCAGUCUUCUAAUACAGAGAAUGUUUGGGAUACUUUAAUGCAAUUUCAAAAUAGAAAAUAGUAUUUGUGUAUUGUAUUUAUAGAUGUAAUAUUUUGUUGCUUUAAUCUACUAUAAUUUAUGUAUGAACAGUAAAACCCUUAUAACUUGGCAGGAUAGGAGCUCCAGCCUUGUCAAGUUAUUCAAUUUUCUGAGUUAUACAAAUCUCCCAUUCCCCUUCCCCACAUUUGCAUAAAGAGUCAAAAUUUUGAAAACAUUGCUCUACACAGCAGCAGUAAAAGCUUAAAACAACACUUAACAUUGAAAGGGCGGCUGUAGUCAUGGAGUCUAACCAGAGGGAGGCUUUGUUGUAAGAUGUAAAAAUGUUGGGUGGGACUCAGUUGCAUGUUUUCACAAUGCUGCAUUACUUACACAGUCACUUAAAUUCACUGCACUGUUCUGUAUUGUACUGUACAGAUUAAAUUGACAAUUGAUGUGGUAAAAACUCAGCAGCAUGCUCAGAUGCAUUAUUUUUUUUUCCUUUUUUUUUCCUUUUUUAUUUUUAUUUUUAUUUUUUAUCAAAAUUGAUUUUUUACUGAAUAUUUCAUUGCCUUGCCAAGUUAUAUCAAAUUUUAAGUUAUACAGUGCCAAGUUAUAAGAGAUUUACUGUAUAUA